AUGAAUUCGGAGUACUAUGGAACUCCCUCUCAAAAUGGGUAUGGCUACCCUGAGCCCCCGCCUCCCCAGGGCCCUCCCCAAGGGUAUCAGCAAUCAUAUCCGCAACAGUACCCAGAGCCUCAGAAUCAGUACCCUCAGAAUCAGUACCCUCAGCCUCAAUACUCUCAGCCUUACAACGAGCAGCAGCAACAGACCGCCCCUGGUGAGGCUCAGGAUGAUGAGCGAGGUUUUGCCGGUGCCGUCGCCGGUGGUGCUGUCGGUGGUUUCGCUGGCCACAAGGCCAACCACGGCUUCCUCGGAACCAUCGGUGGUGCCAUUGCCGGUUCCAUCGCUCAAGAUGCCUACAAGAAGCACCAUGAGGGUAAACAGAACCUUCCCCAGGGCGGCCCCUACCCGCAGCAAUUCCCUCAGCAGCCAUAUCCGCAAGCGGGUCCAUAUCAACAAUAUCCCCCGCAAGGUCCAUAUCCGCCGAGUCAAUUCUAUCCACUGAAUCAGUUGCAUCACAAUAAAAAGUCUGUGAUGAAGAGACAGGAGGAGGUUGAAGAGCUUCAGGACAAGAUCAACCGCGUGUCCCAGCACAUGCAGCAGGGUCCGUCUCAUCAUAAGAUGAAGGAUCUACGGAAAGACAUGGAAGACUUGCAGAAGGAUCUGAGAAAGGCCCAAGAGGACUACCAGAAAGAGUUAAACAAGGCGCUCGACGACGAUGCUAAGAAGUGA